UGAGAGCAUGUAGUGCAGCCUGAGGCUCUCAAUCUGAAUAGUUUCACAUUUUUAGCCUUUUAUGUACUACCAGCAGUGAACCUUUAUAAACAAAAUAGGUCGACCUCGUACAGUACCUAUUUGAACUGUGCUUUAUUCAUUACCCAAGAAGAGGCGAGAGAAAGGAGGUACAGUGCGUGAUGAAGGAUAUGGAUAAAGAUCAUGAAGGUGGAGGAAGAAUGGGAUCAAGAACAUUUGAGAUCGAUCAGAGUUGGAUACCCAAGGUCAUCAAGAAGAGAGUGUGCACCUCUUUUGUGGAGGAUUCCUCUAGCAAUGGGACGUUGUGUCAGUGUGGGAGUGGGCGGGACAUGCACGGUACCGUCGCUACGGGAGACUGCUUUGGUGCAGCCAUUGUCACCCAGUGGAACAGUUGUCAGCACUCAUCAGAGUACCCAACUGAUGCUUUCGGAGAGAUGGAAUUUACAGGGGCCGGGAGAAGACACAGCCAUUUUGUGCGCCUGUCAUGUGACACCCCACCUCCUGUUGUGUACCAACUGAUGACAUCCCACUGGGGGGUGCGCUCCCCCAACCUAGUGGUUUCUGUGGUGGGGGGAGGGGGGAACGAGAAGGUCAAGACCUGGGUCAGGGAGGUGCUGAGACAUGGGCUGGUCAGGGCAGCACAGAGCACAGGGGCUUGGAUCAUGACGGGGGGGCUGAGAGAGGGGAUUGGUCGGUGUGUGGGCGAGGCUGUGAGGGAUCAUUCUGCAGCGGCCUCCUCCCUGUCCCUGAAGAAAGUUAUUGCUGUGGGUGUGGCCCCUUGGGGGCUGGUGUCUGACAGACAGAAGCUGGUCAACGAACAGGGUAGUUUCCCAGCUCGGUAUUAUGUCCAGAACACAUCCUUGGACUCAUGCUGCCUAGAUAUUAACUACCAAGCUUUCCUGCUGGUGGAUGAUGGGAGUGUAGGCCGGCGUGGAGGGGAAACCGCCUUUAGGGCCAAGAUGGAGGAAUACAUAUCCCACCAGCGGACCGGUCUCUGGGGUAGUGGCAGUAUAGAUAUCCCUGUGCUCUGUAUGCUCAUCGCUGGGGAAGCUAACAUGCUGGAGAGGAUGGAUCUCUCUCUGAGUAAGAAUAUUCCCUGGUUGGUUUUGAAUGGUUCCGGGCGAGCGGCAGAUUUCAUCUGUGAACUGCUUGAUGCUUUGUCAUCCAUGCCCAUGAGUACACCCUCUCCCUUGCCAGAGGGUGAGGACAGUCAGAGCCCCAGCACAGAGAUGCGCGACAGGGUCCGUGACAGGGUCAAGAGGUACUUCCCUGCCAAAUCGGAACUGGAUAAGCUUGUGGACAGGGCUCUGCGUAUCUAUCAGAACAGAGAUCUAAUAACAGUUUUCAACUCGGAGCAGGAGAGUCCGGAUGAUUUUGACACAGUUCUACUGAAGGCUCUGGUCAGAGCCAAUAAACGUGUGUCCAGUGACUCCAGUGAAUAUAUAGAGGAGCUGAAGCUAGCAGUGGCCUGGAACAGGGUGGACAUCGCUAAGAGUGAGCUGUUCAGUGGAGACAUCCAAUGGAAGUAUGAGGACCUGGAAAACUCCAUGACAGAUGCGCUGAUAAAUGACAAGCCCCAGUUCGUACGUCUCUUCAAUGAGAACGGCCUCAACAUCUUGGACUACCUAACCUAUCAACGUUUGGAGGGCUGGUACAGCUCACUGCCUGACAACACUCUGGCCUACAUGUUGCUCCAACGACGACUUUUAGAGAGGCGUGCCCUGGCAACACCUCAUAAAGAAGCAGGUUCCCUGCCAAAUGUCUCUUGCCCUACAGACCAAGACUCGCCCAUCAAAAGGCCCAUGAGCCCCAUGUCAGGACAAUCUUCUGCCACAGAGCUCAGCUUGUAUGAGGUGUCACGGCUACUGUGGGACGUUAUGGGAGAUGUUUGUCAACCCUUCUACUACAGUCUUUUGGAAUUGGACAAGAGCACCAGCUCCUGGAGAGCACUGAAGCAUGUGAAUAAGUUGUUGCUGGAGAAGAGUCAGUACAAAGAACAGCGCUGUCAGUAUCCCUGGGCCUCUCUAUUGAUUUGGGCUGUCCUGCAGAACCGCAGCGAGAUGGCCGUCUACUUCUGGGAGAUGGCUGGGGAGUCUGUCCUCGGUGCUCUGGCAGCCUGUAAGAUUCUGAGAGAGCUGUCUAAGAUGGAGAGUGAGACGGAGACCAAGCUCUCUAUGAAGGAGCUGGCCCAGAAGUUUGAGAACUUGGGCCAUGAUGUUUUCGGUGAGUGCUACCAGAGCAAUGAGAGCCGAUCUUUCACCCUCCUUAUACGGCAGUCUCCAAUGUGGGGUGAAGCUACCUGUCUGCAAAUGGCCACUGCAGCCGAUGCCCGCCACUUCUUCAGCCAUGACGGCGUGCAGUCUUUGCUGUCUCAGAUCUGGUGGGGAGACAUGGAAAGGAACACAGAGGUCUGGAAAUUGGUUCUUGCCUUCUUCUUACCCCCUGUCAUUUACACCAAACUUAUCAGCUUUAGGGAACUUGUGGAAGAGGGCAAGUCGCAGUUACCUCACGAUCGAGACACUGAAAGUCUGGAUGGAGAUGCCACUAUAUUCUCCCCCUCUGACAUCAAUCAUAGGGAAGAGGAAAAUGAGGAACACGUUGCUUUAAAAGAAAAUCUGAAAAAAGUCCCCUCUUCCAAAUCUAAGAAGCCCUACAUAGUUAUGCGUUGGAAGGAGUUCUGGUUUGCGCCCGUCACCUCUUUCCUAGGCAAUGUGCUGAUGUACUUUGUGUUCCUUGGCUUGUUUGCUUACAUCCUGUUGUUGGACUUCAAACCUCCGCCCAAUGGCCCAUGCACCUUAGAGUGUAUUCUCUACUUCUGGGUCUUCACCCUGGUCUGUGAGGAGGUUCGACAGUCAUUCUUCAUGGCCAGCACCACCUUAUACCAGAGGAUGAAGCUCUACAUCCAAGACAUGUGGAAUAAGUGUGACAUCACAGCUCUCUCACUCUUUGCACUGGGCAUGUGCUGCAGACAUUUUGAGUGGUCCUAUGAGUUUGGCCGUUCUGUGAUGGCUGUGGACUUCAUGGUUUUUACCCUCCGUCUCAUCCACAUCUUCGCCAUCCACAAACAGCUGGGACCCAAGAUUAUCAUUGUUGAAAAAAUGAUGAAGGACAUCUUCUUCUUCCUUUUCUUCUUGGCGGUGUGGAUUGUGGCCUAUGGCGUAGCCAAUCAGGUGCUGCUGUAUGCUUAUGACCCCCGUCCUAAUUGGAUAUUUCGCAGAGUGUUCUACAGACCAUAUAUGCACAUAUAUGGACACAUCCCCAUACAUGAAAUGGAUGCUGAUAAACUGGAGGAAGGGAUGGAGUGCACCAAUAAUGUCACCCUGAUUGAGGAGGGGGCAGAGCCCUGCACAAGUACCUACGCCAACUGGCUGGUGGUCAUCUUAUUGGUCAUCUACCUCCUGGUCACCAACAUCCUCCUGGUCAACCUGCUAAUCGCCAUGUUCAGUCACACCUUCUCCAAAGUGCAGGACCACAGUGACACCUACUGGAAGUUCCAGCGCUACAACUUGAUCUUGGAAUACCACUCUAGACCCUGUCUGGCCCCACCCUUCAUCAUAAUCUCCCACAUCCACCUCUUGAUUAAGAGACAUAUCUGCAAAAUCCCUUCCACCAAGAUCAAACACUUUGUUCUGGAGAUCCCUGGCAGAGAGGCCAGCAGACUAAACACAUGGGAGGCCAUCCAGAAGGAAAAUAUAAUGACCGCCCAGAACAAACAAGAGAGAGAGAAGGAUUCAGAGAGACUCAAACGCACCUUGGUCAAAGUGGACAGUGUCCUAAAACAGAUGGCAGAGAUACGGUCAUGGAUGUCGGAGAUUCGGGACCAUGAAAGCAGGGUCAGAACAGAGCGUGCUGAGUUGGAGUUCUGUACCAGUGCCCUCUCCUGGGUGGUGGAGACUCUCUCUCAGAGUAACAUGAUAAAACCCACACGUCCUCCACCCACUCUGAGAACAGACCCCUGCAUCUCCAACUAGCUGGGGAAUAUAGAAAUAAACAUAGACUAACACACAAAAACAUACACAAACCCUAUCACUCAGUGCCAAAGAAUGUCAAAACCCUCAAUGCUGAUCCAUCCAUUAAUUCUAAUAGUUUUUUACUUUUAACAUUUCACUUGCAUCCACUUAAACCUCUUCUGUAUUACAAUGAUAUGUACUGUGGUUUAAAUAUAUGUAAAUGUUUUGCAUGCAUGUAUAUACAUUUUUCCUCCUCAGUUUAAGUAGCAAACAAAUUACAUGAUGAAAUUCGGUUUAACAUCUUUAUUAAGUUAGAACUUAAUCUGUCUGUUAAAUUGGUCAACACUGAAAUGUCACUUGUCCAACGGUAGACAUACAAGAAACUAUCUUGUGGUUUAGUGUGGUCCGUUGUCUAAUCCACUUCAUCAAGUGUACAUGUAUUACUGUAGCAUGGGUUUGAAUCUGGCCCACUACUCUUAAAGAAAAAUUAUUUCUACAUUUACAUUUCAGCCAUUUAGCUAAUACAAAACAACUUUCUCUUCUAUCGUUACCAGAGUCUCUAUUCAAUAAAGCACAGAUGCCUUAAUAUGUACAGUAAUACACACACACAGGAUGACAUCCUGUGUACCUCAGUUGGUAGAACUUGGUGCUUACAAUGCUAAAGUGGUGUCCAACAAAGUUAUGAAAAUGUAUGUACUCCCUCAGGUAUGUCACUCUGGAUAAGAGCAUCUUGUAAAAUCACUUAAAUAUGAAUGUAAUAAUGCAAAGGUUUAUAUGCUUGUUAUUAUAUUUUCUUAAAUUACCAAUAAGUACAAAUGUGCAAAGUUUUGAUAAAAUACUGAAUACUCACAGUCACUGUUUAAUUCUGAAGAAACACUGUAAUUUUGGUAAAUUUUUUAAUGUGAAGCUGUCUUCUAAAAGUUUACUUGGACUUGUUACAACGUUUAAGUAAUUCAGUAAUAUCUCGACCAUCACACUAGAGGAGCUUUGGAGCUUUAAAGUGUAGAGGACAGUUUUUGUCUUAUACGUUUUUUUUUAUCUGUUCAUCAUUUGAACCAACUUCCAGAAAUAAAGUUAGUUUUAGCUAGUUUUGGUUCUUUUACAUGAAACGUGAAUAAGAAGCUAGUUUGUGGUCACUUCUGAACUAUUAUUUUCUGUUUGUCUGUGUGCACUGACCAAUUGUUUUUCGGUUGAAAAUGUUAUAUUUAACAAUUAAGAUUGUUUAUGUUGUCUGAUGGUUUGUUUUUUGUUGUUAAUAUGUUCACCUAAGUUAAUUUCUCUUUUGGCAGAAUCUGGCACAAUACAUCUUAUCAAGUGUACUCAAUCAUGUUUGGUUUUAAACUAUC